CGGCCCCAAGUUUCAAUUACACAGACGUGUCACCAUGUGUUCCUCAGACCACAUCAAACAGGCUCAAAGACGACCAGAGAGGAGAGUAUCAGGCAACGUAAAUGAACACCGGAGAGCAGUGUGGAGAUCGAGGGGGGAGAGAAGAAAAUGGCGGCGGAAUCAAACAGCAUAGAAGUGAGGGGCAUGCAAUUCUCGUACGAUCUCCAGGCACCAUUGNACCAUUGUUCUUCGAUUUCAGCGUUAGGGUUCCUCCCGGAUCUCGAUGUCUGCUCGUCGGCGCAAAUGGAUCUGGGAAGACGACUCUGCUUAGAAUUUUGGCUGGGAAACAUAUGGUUGGUGGCAAAGAUGUGGUGCGGGUGUUAAAUUCUUCAGCUUUUCAUGAUACGCGCCUGGUUUGUAGUGGUGAUUUGGUUUAUCUUGGAGAAUCUUGGAGUAAAAAUGUUGGCUCUGCUGGGGAAAUCCCACUCCAGGGAGACUUCUCUGCUGAGCAUAUGAUAUUUGGAGUUGAAGGAGCUGAUCCUAGUAGGAGAGAAAAGCUGAUCGAAUUGCUUGAUAUUGAUCUGCACUGGCGGAUGCACAAGGUGUCUGAUGGUCAGCGGCGUAGAGUCCAGAUCUGCAUGGGCCUUCUUCAUCCCUACAAAGUUCUUUUGCUAGAUGAGGUUACCGUUGACCUAGAUGUUGUAGCAAGGAUGGAUUUGCUCGACUUUUUUAAAGAAGAAAGUGAACAGAGGGGCGCUACGAUAGUGUACGCAACACACAUAUUUGAUGGCCUGGAGACAUGGGCAACGGACCUAGUCUACGUCCAAGAUGGGGUUUUGAAGAAGUCGGAGAAGUUGUCUGAAGUUGAUGAGCUGAAGACAUGUCCCAAUUUGCUCUCUGUUGUAGAGACCUGGCUUCGCUCCGAGACCCCUAUAGACAAAAAGAAAACCGCUGGCAAUCUCCCGGCUGCACCACCACGUAACAAAUCUUCCCCUUUUGAUGCCUCUCCCUUUCGCUCGUCAAGACACAUGGCGUAUUAUCGCUGAUGCACUCCCUCGGCGCAUCUUCUCGUUUGGGAAGGAGAAAAACGAGUUCAACAAUAAACCCAGUAAAAUCCCGCAAACAGUAGGGUCUGGAGAGGGCGUGUAGAGAAGAAAAAAACACUGGGAAAAUGAUAUGAACCCAAAGGUGUUUUUAUACGUGUGAUAUGUGACAAAGAGCAGCAAAAACUGCGAUAAGUUGGCUUCUUCUUUUUUCUUUUUCAAAAUUUUAUUUGAGGAUUCAUAGUUUGUAUACUACUCCGGGGUACUAUUUAAUACACAGGUUUACAUUCUUUUCUUAACUUUUUUUGUGUGACAUUUGUGGUUGACACUAAUAUAAUUACUAUAAUUAC